AUGCAUGCCGGUGCCUUUCAAAGAUAUGUUUGGGUGAAAGGUGAGCGGAAGCGUCAACGAAACCGAGACAAAUAUGAAGAGACGAAACGGCGGUACUUGGGCACAGAAAUAGAUGACAGCGAGCCACCAAAAAAGCCGAAAGUCGUUUGGCCCGGAGAAUUUGAAAACCAAUUAAACAAGCGAAACCGAAAUCUUGAGAAAAUUGACGAAAGAAUAAAUGGAAGCGAAACACCAGCUAUACACACUCCAUCGGACACUUCAAGUAUAACUUCAAAGAAUUCGCACUCGAACUCUAAUUCGGAUUCAGAAUCCGAACCCACUUCAGAGGACAAAGUGGAAGAAAAGCCAAAAAAGAGUUCGCCAAGAAAACCUACUAAACCAACAACUCUUACACCCGUUUCUAUUAGUGAUACUCAUUUUCUUGAUGAAUAUCUCGAUCCUCCUAAAAAACUGAAUCCAACUUCUUCAGGAGGCUCAUUUUUCCUUGUGUCAAGCAAUCUGGUUAAUGAAUGA